UUCGCGUUAGGUUUCCAGGACGGCGGUUCACCGGGCCGCAUCCUCACGGUUCGAAGUUUCGCCUCCGGUAUUUCUUCCUCGGCCCAGGGUGCCCGGAGCCAGCGCCCCGCCAUGCGGCUGACAGGCGUGCUGCGGCUGGCGGCGCUGCUCCUCGCGCUGCUGGGCGCCUGGGUCGUCGUGCAGAGCUACCUGGAGCGGGGCUGGCGAGCCGUGAGCCUGCGCAGCUGGAUAGGUGCCACCGGCCGGCCCAGCGGGAGCCAGCCGCCCCGGCACGCCUGCGGCAACCGCGAGCGCUGCCCCGGGGAGCACUUCGCCUUCAAGAUCGUCAGCGGCGCCGCCAACGUGGUGGGACCCUCCAUCUGCUUCGACGACACGGUCCUCAUGAGCGGCGUGAGGAACAACGUGGGCCGAGGCCUCAACGUGGCGCUGGUGAACGGAACGACGGGGCGGCUCCUGCGAACGGCCAUCUUCGACAUGUACUCCGGAGACGUUAAGGAACUGGAGACCUUCCUGAUGGAGAUCACGAGCGGCACCCUGGUGCUGACGGCCACCUUCGACGACCCCGCCACAAAGAUGAGCGACAAAGCCCGGACGCUCUUCACCAACCUGGGCAGCAGCUACGCGAGCCAGCUGGGCUUCCGCGACAGCUGGGUUUUCUUGGGCGCCAAAGGGCUGAGCACCAAGAGCCCCUUCGAACAGCACCUCAAGAACAACCAGGAGACCAACAAGUACGACGGCUGGCCCGAGCUGCUGGAGAUGGAGGGCUGCGCCCCGCGCAAGAUGGACUAGCGGGGCACGAGACCCGCCAGCCGCGGCGCCGGA